ACCCGACCCAAAUCCCUCCCAACUCCCAAAUCCGAUUGACGCACAUAGCCGUCGUAAUCUCGUCGGCCGAUCACCAUUGGUACCACUUCUGUAUUCGUCUCCGUCGUCGGCUGACAAGACCACCACAAUCCACUGGAAUUCACUGCUCUAUUGACUACCACUAUUUGUUUUUCCAUCACAAGUCAUUGGUCGAAUCAUCACUACCAGCACAUACAUCGCACCAUACGCCGGAGUCACCUUUUCUGAUCUACAAUGAUCUACCACCAUUGACGCUUGCUUUCUCCACCACCAUCGGCUACAUAGUCUGCUGCGAAAUUGGUGAUCGCUAUUCUGGUAUGAUAUCCGCAAAUUUUCUAGUAUUAUUAGUAGUUUAAAACUUUAAAUCCUAUAUAAAGUUGGACUCUUGAUGACCUUCUCCUCCAAUUUCUUCUGUUGCCUUCUCCCGUUUCUCCUUCUCUUCUCUACUCUUUCCUUCUAUUAUUUUGGUUCUUGUUCAUUGCUUUCUACGUCACUGUGGUAAAAAAAAAUAAAAAUAAAAAUUCAUAGCAAUUACAAUUCGGAUUUUGAAUUUCCAAGGUAUAAUACUCUUAAUACUGAUGGAACAAUCCUCAAUGAAAGUUGAUCUUGACUCUCUUCUCCAAUCGCACGGCGGAGUAGAUUCCGAUUCUUCCGAUGAGGUGGAUUCCACCUUGUCUUAUAGUAAACACCGCACGGUCGAUGAAAUUCUUUUAAACAAUUCCUCAUCUUCUUGCUCUCCCUCUCCCCCUUCUUCCCCUAAAUUAUUACAUUCACACCCUUCUACAUCUGUGGUUGAACUCAACAAAUUUAAGAGUUCAACUACUAGUGCUAGCUUUGAUAGCUCUAGUAGCAGUAGAAUUAAGUCAGCGGAUGAGAAUACUGCUCCUAGUUCUUUUUCGUUGAGCCGGAUUGUUUUACCGCCACUAUUCAUCAAUGGGGCAGUCAGCUCCCAAACUAAGCCAGGGGCUGCUCUGGCGGCUGCAGCAGCGGCAUCCAGAUCAGUUCCUACUCCCCACGCGGCUGCCAUCAAGUUGAGAAGGGCCAAUACCAGUGCUCUGCAGAGUGUGGCUUUGGAAGCCACUGCUAUUGUUGCUAGUGUAGAAACGUCAUCUUCAUCAGCAGCUUCCAAAGAUUCUGAGGUGGGUUCUGAGACUGGUUCUGAGAGCCAUGGCUUGCGUGUUCUUGAAAACAGUAGUGACCACUCAGAAGAGGUUAAAUUGGAUGUUUUUCAAUCUGCACAAGCUAAAGUUAGAUUAACCGAGACUGUAGGUACUAUCGACGAUCCCACUGAGAGUGCUCAAAUUUUAACUAGUGAUGAAACUUCAACUGGGGCUGCUACUGUGGAUGAACAUUUAACAAUUGGGGAGCAAGUUUCUGAAAGGCUCAUUUCUGAAUCCCAUAUCAGCUCUACUGUUGAAAAUGAAAAACAGCUUGAAUUUAAUGAGAAUAGGGUGGAUUCAGUUUUGGAUGAAGUUAAUGAAAACAAACAAGUGUUAUCUUCCUUAUCCAACGACAACAGUGAUGUAAAUACUGAAAUUAACUAUGUUGAUGAAUCCAAUGAAAUUAAAGAUAUGGCUGUUCCUAGUCCACCUUCUUUAAUUUCCAACGACACAAUAAGUUCAGAUGAAAUUGUGAGUUUAAUGGGAGAAGAAGAAGCAAAUGAUAAGGGGGAUGUAAUGGAUGAAUCUAGAGAUGUAGAUGAUGCUAGUUCGCAAUAUGAUGCUGAAGAUAUUACUGAAGAAUUAGGUUUAAAGUCAGAAAGUAAGAGGGGAAGGAGAAAGUCACAAAAGAAAUCUCAAUCUUCCUUGAAGCCGCUUGAAUUGGCUGAAGAACUUGAGAAGAAACAGGCAUUUAAGGGAAUGCAUUAUGAAGAGGGUGUUACUUCUCAACCAAUGAGGCUUGAGGGUGUCCGCAGGGGCUCUACUGUGUUGGGUUACUUUGAUGUCAAUGCCAACAAUACCAUUACUCAUACCAUCUCAUCACAAGCUUUCCGGCGAGAUCAUGGGACCCCUCAAGUCCUGUCAGUUAAUUUUAACUACAUUGCAAUUGGGAUGUCUAAAGGAACUAUUGUCAUCGUGCCCAGCAAAUAUAUUCCUCAUCAAGUUGACAACAUGGAUGCAAAGAUGUCGGUGCUUGGAUUACAAGGAGAUAGAACUCACGUUCCAGUAACUUCCAUGUGCUUUAAUCAGCCAGGAGACUUGCUUUUUGCAGGAUAUGGUGAUGGGCACUACACUGUUUGGGAUGUGCAGAGGACCUCUGCACUUAGAGUGAUUAAUGAUCAUAAAGCUCCAGUAGUUCACAUGCUAUAUGUAGGGCAGGAUACUCAGGUUACACGUCAGUUUAAUGUGGUUAGUGGGGAUAGUAAAGGUGUGGUUAAGUUGAUUCGUUUUUCAGUGGUUCCAUGGCUCAAUAGAAUUUCUUACUCCAAAUCGAUGAAGCUUCUAGAUGAAACAACUAGCAGAGUAGUGUGUGCAUCUCCAUUACUGUCAGGUGAAGUUCAUGGAGGUGCACACAUGUCCUCUCAGGGUAGCAGUGCAGUUUCUACAGGGAGUAUUAGUAGCAUGAUGGGAAGUGUGGUUGAAGAAGGUGUUGUCAUCUUUGUCACGCACCAAUCUGCUCUAGUGGCAAAAGUUAAUCCUACUGUAGAAGUAUAUGCUCAAAUUCCUAAACCUGAUGGCAUCAGGGAAGGCGCCAUGCCUUAUGCUGCAUGGAGAUGCAUUUCGCGGUCACCUGGUUCUUCCACCGAAAAUGCACCCGCUGACACACUAGAAAAACUGUCACUGCUUGCAAUUGCUUGGGAUCAGAAAGUUCAGAUUGCUAAGCUGGUGAAAUCCGAUCUAAAGAUACUUGAAAAGUGGACUCUGGAAAGUCCGGCAGUAGGCCUGGCAUGGUUAGAUGAUCAGAUGUUGGUGAUUCUCACUUUGACAAGACAACUCUAUUUGUUUGCAAAAGACGGAAAUGUGAUUCAUCAGACAAGCUUUGCUGUGGAUGGAUUGCGAGGGGAUGAUCUCAUUUCAUCACAUAUCUACUUUACUGAUACUCUUGGUAACCCUGAAAAGGCUUAUCACAAUUGUGUAGCUGUAAGGGGGGCUACUAUAUACAUACUUGGGCCAGAGCAUCUUAUUGUUUCCCGCUUUCUUCCCUGGAAGGAAAGGAUUGAAGUUUUGAGGAAAGCAGGUGAUUGGAUGGGCGCAUUAAACAUGGCAAUGACACUUUAUGAUGGCCAGUCACAUGGUGUUAUUGACCUUCCCAAAAAUUUGGAUGACAUACAGAGGAGUAUUAUGCCCUAUUUAGUGGAGUUGCUUCUGACGUAUGUAACUGAGGUAUUUUCCUAUAUAUCAGUAGCAUGUUGCAACCAAAAUGGGACUCUGGACCAAUCCAAUGAGAUUAAGGAGCAAUACACUCGUGUUGGUGGCGUUGCAGUUGAGUUCUGUGUGCAUAUCAGGAGAACCGAUAUCCUCUUCGAUGAAAUUGUUUCAAAAUUUGAUGAAGCUCAGCAUAAAGAUACAUUCUUAGAGCUUUUGGAGCCAUAUAUUUUGAAAGAUAUGUUGGGAUCCCUUCCACCUGCGAUUAUGCAAGCUUUGGUGGAGCAUUAUAGUGAGAAAGGUUGGUUGCAACGAGUUGAACAAUGUGUUCUCCACAUGGACAUUUUGUCCCUGGAUUUUAAUCAGGUUGUACGCCUAUGCAGGGAGCACAGGUUGCAUGGUGCACUGAUAUAUUUGUUUAACAAAGGUCUAGAUGAUUUUAGGGCACCUCUAGAGGAGCUCUUGGUUGUACUACGAAAUAGCGAAAGAGAGAGUGCUGCUUCCCUUGGGUAUAGGAUGCUUGUUUAUCUGAAGUACUGUUUUCAGGGUCUUGCCUUCCCUCCAGGACAUGGAAACCUUUCUCCUACACGCCUGCCAUCUCUUAGAAAAGAACUUGUGCAGUUUCUAUUGGAGAUUUCUAGUGCUCAAAAUGCAUGGACAGAUAGAAACUUACCAUCAAAUGGAGCUUGUCCAAACCUGCUACAUCUGUUAGAAUUGGAUACCGAAGCCACUCUAGAUGUUUUGAGAUUUGCAUUUCCAGAGGAAGAUGAAAUAGGCCACUUUUCGGAGGGAUCAAUGAACUUGGAGUUAGCUGAAGUAAAUGAUUCAAUGGAUGAAAGUCAAAUUUUGGUUCAGAAAGUAGUAGAUGUUCUUGCUGAUAUUCUAGACGGAAGUUACUUCCAAACAGGCAGUUCUAUCAACAGUGAUGACAUUAACUCUAGAGAAAUCUGGCCUUCGAAGAAAGAUGCGGGUCACAUGUAUGACUUCACAGCAUACCAUGUAGCCUGUGGAAGAGCCAAUGUGUCAAAUAAGAUCCUAACUCAAAUUUUGGAGUACUUUACAUCAGAGAUAAAUAUUUCACAAAGUUUGUCAGGGCAAACGACAGAAAUAAUUAGAAGAAGAGAGAAGCAACUACUUGCACUUGUAGAAGUGGUUCCCGAGACUCGCUGGGAUACUCCGUACUUGUUACAUUUGUGUGCAAAGGCUCAGUUUUAUCAGGUUUGUGGCUGCAUUCAUGCCAUCAAGCAUCAGUAUGUUGCUGCUUUGGAUAACUAUAUGAAAGCUACGGAUGAGCCCGUUCUCACCUUUUCCUUUAUUCAUAUUAUGCUGAAACAACUCAGUGAAGAAGAACGUGAUGCUUUUGAAUCAGCCGUUAUUUCUCGAAUUCCUGAUCUUCUCAAAUUAAGCAGAGAAGGAACUUACUUUCUGAUUGUUGACCAUUUAUCUGGUCAAAGUCAAUAUAUUUUGUCUGCGCUUCGCUCUCAUCCAGAAAGCCUUUUCCUCUAUCUGAAGACGGUUAUUGAGGUUAACACAACUGGUAACCUGAACCUCUCUUCUUUAAAAAACGACAAUAAUUUAUAUUUUCCCAGUGCAAGAAGACCUAAGCAGCAGUCAUCUAGUGUUGAAGCUUAUCUACAAACAAUAUCCGGCUUCCCUAAACUUCUGCACAACAGUUCUGUUCAGAUUACUGAUGAAAUGACAGAGCUAUAUCUUGAGCUAUUAUGUCAGUAUGAGCGCAAAUCCGUACUGAAAUUCUUGGAGACUUCUGAAAGCUAUAGGGUCGAACACUGUUUACGUUUGUGCCAGGAAUAUCGAAUUACAGACGCAGCUGCAUUUUUAUUAGAAAGAGUUGGAGAUGUUGGAAGUGCUUUGUUGCUCGUUCUUUCUGAUCUUAAUGAUAAAAUGAUUGUGCUUAAUGCUGCUAUUGAAGAUGGACUUUCUGGUGCUAGUCUGGAUCAUCUUAAUGCCGUUUUAAAGAGAAAAGAAGUCAUUGAAAUUCUUGAUAUUGUGCAUGCUUGUAUCAGUCUAUGCCAACGGAACAGCCCCCGAUUGGAUCCGGAUGAGUCCGAGUAUCUCUGGUUUCAGUUGCUUGAUUCGUUUUGCAAGCCUCUGAUGGAUUCAGAUGGUGGUAGUACAAAUUCUAAAAGCAAAGCACCGAGGGAAACUCUUGAUGGAUCUUUCGGUCAUCAGGGAGAUGAAGAAGGGAGCAAAAUUAAAUGGAAGUUCUCCAAGUCUCAUAAAGGUGCUCGCAUCAUGACGAAACUGAUUUCCAUGUUUAUUAAAGAGAUUGUUGAGGGCAUGAUCGGAUAUGUUCAGCUCCCAAGGAUAAUGUCAAAACUUCUUUCUGAUAAUGGAAACCAAGAAUUUGGCGAUUUCAAACUUACAAUAUUAGGGAUGCUUGGGACAUAUGAUUUUGAGAGAAGAAUUUUGGACACUGCCAAAAGUUUAAUCGAAGAUGAUACAUACUAUACGCUGAGUUUACUCAGAAAGGGAGCUUCUCAUGGUUAUUCCCCCUGGAGCACAGUUUGCUGCAUAUGUAAUGGCCUACUCGCCAAAAGCCCGGAUGAUUCUGGAAUUCAAAUUUUCAGUUGUGGUCAUGCAAUACAUCUCCACUGUGAACUUCCGGAGAACGGGGCAUCAGUUAGGGGCUCGUCUACUGGAUGUCCCAUCUGCAUGCCUAGGAAGAAAGCUCAAAAAUCAAGCAGCAUAUCAUUGUUUGCACAGAAUGGACUAGUUAGCAAGUCAUCAUCAAGGAGCCAGCAACCACAUGGGACAUUAGCUUCGCAUCCGCACGAUUACGAUUCUUUUGAGAACUCAUACGGUUCUCAGCCAGUGUCGAGGUUUGAGUUAUUGAAUAAUCUUCAGAAAGACCACAAGUCGACACAGAUGGAGAACAGGCCUCCAUUGAGGCUUGCACCACCCGCAAUUUACCAUGAAAAGAUUAUAAAGAAAAGAAGUGAUGAUUUAGAAGGAGAAAGCAGCAGCAGCAGCAGCAGAGGUCUUUCCAAAACAGAAAAGCCAACUAGGAGCAGGCAGCUCAAGGAUGUAAAAGUGAAAGGAUCCUUGGUUCGAUUCCCUUUGAAAUCGAAUAUAUUUGGUAAGGAGAAGACGAGUAAGAGGUGAUACACAGCAAUGCGGCGACUAAUUGAUGAUCUUUGUUGAGAUGACAUUUUGUAGAAAUGAAUAAAGAAUAAUUUUGAAAAUUUUUUUUUCUCCUUUUAAUUUCCUUGGUAUGUAUUAAAUGCCAUUAGUUAGUUUUCUGCCAUGUACAUAAGUUGCCUUGUAUCUAUUUGAGAGUAUAGUGUUGGAAUGUAUUUGAUAAUUUGAAGUUAAGGCUUGGUAUAGAAAUCAUAUGAAUUCAGUGAAAUUUUCUGAUGAA